UUGUAGCACUCACCUUAUGUCCAUAGCGGCGUAUCAUCAAUUUGACCAUACAUUCUCAAAAUGGAUACAGAUUAUGCAGAACAAACUUCGCAAUAAAAAGUAAGUUCCAGCCUUUCGGAACCGACCCCCGCUACAGCGAGGAUGUUCCCCAGCCUAGCCCACCGACCAUGGCAUGCCUUCUGCAGGGUGUCCAUGCAGCACAGGGCGCCCCUGUCACAACGCUCCCCGAGGCUUCCCCAGCUGUGCCACGGUUGGCAGAGCGCAGGCAUACACAGCAUGUGGUUCAGCCUUCCAGACUGCCGUGUUGCUUCUCUAGGGCUGGGCAAGGUGCAGUACUACUCUACCUCUGGCUCCAGUAAAGAUGAUCCCCCAAAACCUGCGUCAGGCGAUGCUCCGUCAGCAGAACAGGUCCUGUCUGCUGCUUCCAUCCCAGUUCCAACAGCUCCAACACCUCAGGGGCUGACAAAAACUGAGACAAUUCAGGUGAAAGUUCGGGCAGUCCUGAAGAAAAGGGAAUAUGGAGCCAAGUACACAAUAAACAACUUCAUCACAGCAGUCAGAGCCAUGAAUGAGUUCUGCCUCAAACCAAGUGAUCUGGAACAGCUCCGGAAGAUCAGGAGACGCAGCCCCCACGACGACACCGAGGCGUUCACUGUGUUUCUGCGCUCCGACGUGGAGGCCAAAGCUCUGGAGGUGUGGGGAAGCCAUGAAGCUCUAGCCCGAGAGAAAAAUGUCAGGAAAGAAGUGGAGAGAGAGUACCAAGAGACAGAUAUUUUUCGGAAUCAGCAGCUGUUGAAGGAAUACAAAGACUUUUGGGGUAACACCAAGCCUCGAUCGGGCCCGAGGGCCACUUUCCUCGAAGGACCAGGAAAGGUGGUCAUGGUGGCUAUUUGCAUCAAUGGGUUGAACUUCAUCUUCAAGCUCCUGGCUUGGGUCUACACUGGAUCAGCCAGCAUGUUCUCAGAGGCCAUCCACUCUCUGGCCGACACCUGCAACCAGGCUCUGCUCGCCCUGGGGAUCAGCCAGUCGGUCCGCAACCCUGAUGCCGGGCACCCGUAUGGCUUCUCCAACAUGCGCUACAUUGCCUCCCUGAUCAGCGGGGUGGGCAUCUUUAUGAUGGGAGCGGGCCUGUCCUGGUACCAUGGCAUCAUGGGCCUGCUGCACCCACAGCCCAUGGAGUCUUUGUUAUGGGCCUACUGUAUUUUGGCCGGCUCUCUGGUGUCUGAAGGAGCCACGUUACUAGUCGCCAUCAAUGAGAUAAAAAGGAGUGCCCGGAUACAUGGAGUAUCUUUUCAUGAAUAUGUCAUGCAGAGCCGAGACCCCAGCACUAACGUGGUGCUGCUGGAGGACGCUGCUGCUGUGUUAGGAGUCAUCAUGGCCGCCAGCUGCAUGGGGCUCACCUCCCUCACGGGUAACCCUUACUACGACAGCUUGGGGUCUCUGGGGGUGGGAACCCUGCUUGGCGGGGUCUCAGCCUUCCUCAUCUACACGAACACAGAGGCUCUGCUGGGCCGCUCCAUCCAGCCCGACCGCGUGCAGAAGCUCACAGAGUUCCUGGAGAACGACCCUGCAGUGAGGGCGAUCCACGAUGUGAAGGCCACUGAUCUGGGGCUGAGCAAAGUCCGCUUCAAGGCUGAAGUUGACUUUGAUGGUCGAGUGGUGACACGUUCUUAUCUGGAAAAACAAGACAUUGACCUGAUCCUCAAUGAAAUUCAGCUGGUGAAGACCCCCGAGGAGCUGGAGAGCUUCAUGCUGAAACACGGGGAGAACAUCAUCGACACUCUGGGAGCCGAGGUGGACCGCUUGGAGAAAGAACUCAAGCAACGUAACCCGGAGGUUCGUCAUGUAGAUUUGGAGAUUCUAUAAUACCUGUUGGGUGUCUGCUGAGGAACAUCAUGCUGUAACAAGAAGAGCAGAGGGUGAAGGAGGGUCCCGCUAUCUGCCUCCAAUCCUGACCACCAAGAACAAACCUCCGUGACUGCACAACUCAUCAAGUCUUACUGUAGAACAGACCAUAACCAUAACCAUACCCGAGGACAGUGAUUGGGGCAUUUUUUUGCUUUCUUUGUGAUGCUUGAACUUCGAUUAGCCGAGAAUUCAUCCUGCCAGAGAUGCACCUUCACAUUCGAGUGUGAGUGUUUCUGGCUGAGGACUAAGAACUGUUAUUGUUCUCCUUGAAUUUAAAGAGAAAUGUAAAUCUCUGUUGUAGUUCACGUCCAUCUCUGACAGAUUAGUCUUCUGGUGGUUUGAUUUAACUCACAUUCCUGUGUGAAUGUGUUUGGAUUUGGUUGAAAACACACUCAAAAAAAAAAAAUAUAGAGAAAAAUCAAGGAACAGGACCAGUAUGAUUUACUAGACUUGAACUUCAUUAUAUUGUGAUGCUUGAACCAGUAAUGAUAACGAUACAUGACGUUUAUAAAGCGCUUUUCCUAGCGCUUAGUGAUGUUUCCUUCAUUAGAACAAGAGGAAACCUGAGAGAUACAUAUUCAAACGAUUUAUUUAACUGCUAGACAAUAUUAGAUGUUUUUUUUUCUUUUAAUGUGAAAAAAGGACAGAACUGAAAACAGCACAAUGCUGCUGCUGGUUCUCCAAUGAAGAGAGUUUGCGAUGAAUAGAUUUCAUCUAUGCUAUUACAGUGAGGAAAAUACAAAUAAAAAGGCAUGAUUAAGACUUUUUAUUUGAUUAUAAGCUAGAGUGAGUUAAGAUUAAAUACAGUAGUACUUAUUCAGCAUUAGCUUAAGCAAACAAAUAUAAAAAACUUCAACUCAAUAUAUUCCUGCGAUACUAUGAAGACAAUUUGAGAAUCUAA